AUGCCCGCCGAUAUACCGGGCUACUAUUACGACCCCUCGACCAACCGCUACUUCAAGAUCCAAGCGAACCACAUCGCGCCCCCAGGAUCCAACUACAGCCGCCAAGCUGUCAGCGCGGAGAAAGCGAUCCAGACCACACAGAGGCUCGAAGAGGCGUCGAAGAGAUCCAAACAAGCCUCGACCGUGACACGUUCGAGGCUGUUGCACCACCCGCUGCUCAACUUCGAUCGGCGUCUGGGCAAUCUGCACACCAACGCCAGAACAUACGUUCGGGAGUACUAUGGCUCCAGCCUUUCCGGGGCCGACGCCUUCAGUGAGCCUCUCUUGAUGCCGCCGACCCUGGGCUACGAAUCCGGGAGGGCAGACGUCACGAAGCAGUUCUCGGUAGAGGAGUCAACGGGCACCUUGCUCACGGCGCUCUCGUACAAUUCCUCAUUGCUGUGUCUACUCGUUGCUUUUGAUCGGCCCAAUGGGGGUGUGCGGCACGAUUCUGUUCUCGGUGACGCUGACCCUUACGACGAGAUGGCACGCAACAGCGGCAGCAGCAGCAUCAGAUGGCCAACAACAUACGAACAGCCCGAUUUCGGGUCCGGCGGACAUCUAUACUCGCCGCACCGAAAACGUGUGUUGCGAGAGUCGCCGAAACCCGAAUGCCUCGUCUGGGCCGGUCCAGAGCUCGCGUGCUGGUCGCACGAGACUUUCGGCGGUGUCGUGGCCGGCGGGGGAGCGAACUGGCAAUCCGAGCUGGUGCUAUCUCGUUGUUCGACGUCCAGCAGUGCGGCCGGGCUCGAUAUGAUGGUCAAGCUACGGUUUCAGUCGCAAGUGCUCGAUCUUGCCAUGUCGCCGUCACGCACGAGCCUGGCCAUUGCACACAGCGCCGGCGUGGCGGUCGUGACGGACGUCGAGUACACACAGCAGCAAGCGUGGAUCCCCGUGCACAGCGAGCAGAUGAAAAUCGCGUUCAAGGACGAGCACAUCUUCAUGAGCGGCUCGCGCUCCGGCAAGUUGAUUUUCGGCGACAUUCGAACCUCGCCCCCACCACCACCACCACCAGGUUCAGGUCCAGGUCGAGGCCAAUUGUCGGCGGAGUUGGACUCGUCGUCAGCCUCGCUCGCGGCCCUGCGCAUCCAGCACUCCAGCGCCAUCAGCGGCAUCGUCGCCCUCCCGGACGGCAACCGCGUGCUGGUCAACGGGCUCACAGACAUGAAAAUCUACGACCUGCGCUUCAUCAGUGCCCCCGUGCCGAACCGGGUUCACGACCCCCGGCCCACUGGCAACCAUGGAAAUACCCUCUGGGACAACAUUAGGCCCGACAAGUCUCGGCCUGACAAGUCUCACCGCCACCACCACCGCCACCAGCACCAUCACCACGACCACCACCGCCACCGCCACAACCAGUCCAGCUACGCGCCCACCUACAUGCCCAGCACGCCCGUCGUCACCUUCGACGUGCCCGCCACCCGCCGCCAGAACAGGUACGGCAUGGCCUUUGCCUACGAUCCGGAGCUGGAUCUCGUCCUGAGCGCCUCCACCGACAACUACCGCACCCACCGUGUGGGGUUGUGGUCGGCGGCGUCGGGGCAGCUUCUGCAGAGUCAGAGUCAGAGUGGUGGUCAGAAUCAGAGUUGGAGUGAUUGGCCGAACACCAGUCAGAGUCGGAGUCAGAGUCCUGGUCAGAGUCAGAGUCAAUGGGAGAAUACCUCUAAGCGUAAUCGUGGUGCCAGUACUGCCGGUUCGUUGACCGACCACCGCUUCGACGAACCUGUCACCUGUGCCGCCAUCGUGCGCGUCCGCGACGGGCCCAAGAGUAUCUUGCUAGCCAGCGCCGGCAACAUGGUCGAGUGGGCUGCCCAGGGCCGGGGCUUCGAGUGGGAAGAGGAUGAACAAGAAGAAGUCAUGGAGGCGGGGGUGGCAUUGUGA